CAGGAAUGGAGGUCUCGGCACAGUCGCAGCCACCCGGCCAGUUUUAGAACUUCUGUCGGCACCUCUUCUCCUUUCAUUCCUUUGAAGGCCUUAUAUGGUCGCUUUUGACACCAGCACCACGUUCGGUAUGAGAUUCUUUGGCCGAUGCGACCGACAUUGGGACUAGGAUGUCGCAGGAUGUCGGUAUCGACGCAGAUGGCGGCGAUUUCUCAUCGCUCACCUCAAAAGACCCGAUCCAGAAAUAUGUCAUCUCCGCCUUUGCGGCCAUUACCUUCUACAAUUCGAUAGAGCUCGUGGUGCUUUGUUUCACGACUUUCAACAGAUAUCAUGGGUGUUAUUUCUGGAGUUUACUCGUCACCUCGGCGAGCCUCAUCCCCCACUGCGUGGGAUACCUGCUCUUUAUCUUCUCGUCCAUUUCUCCUUAUGUGCCUGUGUCUUUGAUUAUCCCUACCUGGAUUAGCAUAGUUACUGGUCACUCCCUCGUCCUUUGGUCGCGAUUGCACCUCCUUGUACAAUCGCAGAAGUUGCUGCAGGGCCUCCUGUACAUGAUUAUCAUCGACUGCAUCGUCCUCCAAAUCCCAACAACAGUCCUGUUGUAUGGAUCACUAUCAGGUACUCCCCACUUCGCCAGGGGUUACGACAUCAUGGAGCGGAUUCAGCUUGUCAUCUUUUGCGUCCAAGAGUUUAUCUUAUCCGGUAUAUAUGUGUGGGAAACCAUCAAGAUGCUGCGCCUUCGUCCCGAGAGGCCACGGUUCAUUAUCCUCACUCAACUGCUUGUGAUCAACGUCCUCAUUCUCAUUCUGGACGUGGCAGUCGUCGCCAUAGAGUACGCUGGGUAUUAUGCGCUGCAGGUUAUGUUUAAACCUGUCGCCUAUAGCGUCAAGCUGAAGUUGGAAUAUGCUAUCCUGGGCCGGCUGGUCCAGAUUGCGCAAGGAGCCAGUUCCGAUCCGGAUCCAUUAUCCCCAGGCUCUCGCGGAUUCAAUAUCACGGCAUCUGGGUUUGACGAUUCGGGCAGUAAUAAUGGAGGUGUCACAGUCGUCCGACAGGUAAACUCGGGACCGUUGGUCAGGCGAUGGUCUGGACAGACUCAUGACAGCGUCGGUUAUUGUUAG